AUGGAGGAGGCUGCAGUGCGGGAGAGCGGCCCGGAGCCGCCGCCGCGUGGCCGCGGGCAGGAGGGCGAGGAGGGGGAGCAGGAGGAGCAGGAGUUCGCCGCCAUCACGGGCAGCGGGGAGGAGGCGGCGCGGCGCUGCCUGGCCGAGCACGGCUGGGAGCUGCAGGUGCGCGCGGCGCCGGGGACGGGGCCGCUCCGCGGGACGGGGACGGGAACGCGAACGGGACGGGGACGCCAUGGCGCCCGCGCUGUGUUUCAGGGCGCGCUCAACGCCUACUUCGAGGCGCCGCGGCGCGAGGACGAGCCCGGCGCCUGCGUUGACCUGACAACAGAUGCAACUACUAGUAAUAUUGCCGUCAAUGGCACAGCCCCAGAGCAGCAAGAAGAUGACAGCAGCUUCUCACUUCUCACCUGGAACAUCGAUGGCCUCGAUUUAGGAAACCAGCAAGACCGAGCUAGAGGGGUCUGUUCUUACCUGGCGUUAUACAGUCCCGAUGUGGUGUUUUUACAGGAGGUCAUCCCACCGUACCUGUGUUACCUACAGAAGAGAGCAGGCAAUUACACAAUUAUUCCAGGUAACAUAGAUGGUUAUUUCACUGCUGUAAUGUUGAAGAAUUCUAGAGUGAAGUUAGUCAAACAAGAGAUUGUGCCUUUUCCAACAACAUCCAUGAUGAGGAACCUUUUGGUUGUGCAUGUGAAUGUGGCCGGCAAUGAACUUUGCCUUAUGACCUCUCAUCUAGAAAGCACUAAAGAUCACUCGAAGGAGCGUAUCAAGCAACUGCAAACGGUGUUUAAAAACAUGCAGAAGGAAUCGGAGUCCACCACUGUUAUAUUUGGAGGGGAUACAAAUCUCAGAGACAGUGAGGUUAAUAAACUAGGCGGCCUGCCUGAGAGCAUUGUGGACAUCUGGGAGUUUUUGGGUAAACCCAAGCACUGCCGUUACACGUGGGACACGAGCUGCAACAGCAACCUGGCGGCGGCGUACACGUGCAAGCUGCGCUUCGACCGCGUGUACCUGCGGCCCGCGCCGCGCGGGGCUCAGCUCCUGCCGCGAAGCAUGGACCUCAUCGGACUGGAAAAACUGGACUGUGGCCGAUUCCCUAGUGAUCACUGGGGUGUCCUGUGUCACUUUGAUGUCAUAUUGUAAAAGGAAGAAGGCCUGUGUUUUUCAUUUUAAGUGUUUUCUUUGGGUUUUUACGUUCUCAGUUUUUAGGCUUGUGUAAAUUUUCAGUCGUAGCGACGUCUCUGUUCUUGACUUCUGCUGGAAUGUCUUCCUUUCAAGCUAAGGCUCUGCUCCUCUUCUGCAUGGAUUCUUGAAUCACUCCUUAACCCAUUUUCAACAGCGUACAUAAAUAGAGUAGCAAAUUCUGAUAUUAAAGCAGGAGGUAAAAGAACUAAAUACAGUUCAUAAACAUAGGAGAUGGUUUAAAUGACUUUUUGCUUAAGUGACUUUUCUU